AUGCCCUGCAGGGGAGGGCAAGAAGCCCGCCGAGAGCAACUAGGGGGUGCGCCCAGUCCCGCCCCGCUCGGCUCCCGACCCAUUGUCUCCGGGGUCGCCGCUCCUCUGCCCCGGAGCCGCUUCCCGCCGCCGGCGGAGGCGCGCUGGAUGCGGGUUGCGCCGGCGGGCUCGGCGGGACCCGCGCUGCGCGGCGGCGGAGCGGACGGCACCUCCCGCGGCCGGCGCGAGGAGGGGGCGGCGGAGAGGCGGCCGCGCCCGCCCCGCGGUCCCGGCGGCGGGGCGAAAUGUUCCUACUGGCAUCCCCCUGUGGCGUGCAAUCCGCCAUGUGGAGUCCAUCGCAAAGCGCCAAUGCUCGCUGGCCGCCGUGCCCGAGAGAUCUAUACCGCUACAAGCGCAGCCUGGAUUGAGCUCGAUGCUGGAACGCCAUACCAGCUCCGCGGAGCUGCCCAAGGUGAUCGGGAAACGGAGCGGGGGGCGGGGUCCCAGGUGAGCCGCCCCGGCAGCGUGGCCCGCCGGGCUCCCCGGUGCAGCGCCCGCGAGAGGAGGCGGCGCCGCGCCCGCACCGGGGCUGCGGUGCGGGGUUCCCGGGGCCGUCGGUCUCUGGUGGCAGCCCUAGGAGUUAAAGGAAGAGCCGGACGUUCCCGUUUCUGCCUUCUUCUGCCGGAAACGUCGUCAUGCAAAACACGGGAGACAUAUAAACCUUUUCUGUGUCUCGGUCCUUUCUUCCAGCUUGUGAAGUUACGGAAACUUGGACUUAGUGAUAAUGAAAUCCAGCGGCUCCCUCCUGAAAUAGCAAAUUUCAUGCAGCUGGUGGAACUUGAUUUGUCUCGAAAUGAUAUUCCUGAAAUACCAGAAAGCAUCUCAUUCUGCAGAGCACUACAGGUAGCAGAUUUCAGUGGGAAUCCCCUGACUAGGUUGCCUGAAAGCUUUCCUGAAUUGCAGAAUCUAACGUGUCUUUCAGUAAAUGACAUCUCUCUGCAAGCACUACCUGAAAACAUUGGAAAUCUUUAUAACCUGGCUUCACUGGAACUGAGAGAAAACUUGCUGACGUAUUUACCUGAAUCACUUGCCCAGCUGCAGCGACUAGAAGAACUUGAUUUAGGAAACAAUGAACUUUAUCACUUGCCAGAAACAAUUGGUGCACUUUUCAAUCUUAAAGACCUCUGGUUGGAUGGAAACCAGUUAGCUGAAAUACCUCAGGAAGUAGGAAACCUGAAAAACCUGCUUUGUUUGGAUGUUUCUGAAAAUAAAUUGGAAUGCCUUCCUGAAGAAAUUAGUGGUCUGACUUCUUUAACAGACUUGCUUGUUUCUCAGAAUUUACUUCAGGUCUUACCUGAUGGCAUUGGAAAAUUGCGAAGGCUCUCCAUUUUAAAGGUUGAUCAGAACAAACUGAUUCAACUAACAGAUUCAAUUGGAGACUGUGAAAGCCUUACUGAACUAGUUCUCACAGAAAACCAGCUGCAGUCAUUGCCGAAGAGCAUUGGAAAACUAAAGAAGCUGAACAAUUUGAAUGCUGAUAGAAACAAAUUAACAUCCUUGCCCAAAGAGGUUGGGGGCUGCUGCAGUCUUAACGUAUUUUCUAUACGUGACAACAGAUUAUCUCGAAUUCCUUCUGAAAUUUCACAAGCCACUGAACUUCAUGUCCUGGAUGUUGCUGGAAACAGGCUGGCGUAUCUUCCCCUCUCACUGACUACCUUAAAGCUGAAGGCUUUGUGGUUGUCUGAUAACCAGUCCCAACCUCUACUGACAUUUCAGACUGACACAGACCCUGAAACAGGAGAAAAGAUUUUGACAUGUGUAUUACUUCCUCAAAUGCCUUCUGAGCCUGUUUGCCAAGAUAACCUACCACGAUGUGGUGCAUUGGAGAGUUUGGUAAAUGAAAUGUCAGAUGAAACAUGGAAUGAGCGGGCAGUGAAUCGAGUCAGCGCAAUUCGCUUCUUAGAAGAUGAAAAAGAUGAAGAGGAUAAUGAAAUGAGAACACUUCUAAGGCGAGCCACUCCACACCCUGGAGAAUUAAAGAACAUGAAAAAGACAGUGGAGAAUUUACGGAAUGAUAUGAAUGCUGCUAAAGGACUGGACUCAAACAAAAACGAGGUCAAUAAUGCCAUUGACAGAGUGACCACUUCCGUGUAGAGUUUCAUCUCCAGGUUUUGCCUCCUGUGUCUUCCCCUGCUGUUGAAAUGUUCCUGUCGUCUUCUGGGACCUCACUGAGCCCCUUUUUGUUUUUAACCAGAACCUGAUUCAUCGUCUCCAUACGUGAAAAAUGCGGCCCACUGGAAGAAAGUGCCUUAUUUCAUCCAGGCAGUGAACCAAUAAUUUCCAAAUCAAUAUUGUAAUUUUAGUAGUCCUAGGCUUUUUAAAGUUUAAUACACUACUGUAUGCAAAAUACAAUAUUUUUGUCUUAAACACAGGGGAAAUAAUGCUUUUCUUUUCCAGAGUGCUGGGAUAUCUUCUUCCCAGUGGCUGGAUGUGCUGGUGAGAAAUAUAGUUUUGUGGGAAAUUGAUACACUUUUUUAUUUUUUUGGCAGCUCAGAUGGUGUAAAUUUUAAAUUUUUGUAUAGGACUUUCAUAACAAGAUGAUGUAUUUCAUUUUUAAGAGAAAAUUUAUCUUGAGCGGUACAUAUUUUAGUAUUUGUGGAAGAGAACAAGUUUCAUGGACAGCUGUAUCGUUUGUUUGUACCACCCAUUGUGCCUUAUUGUGUCUUGUAUGUCAUAUUAGUCUUAAAUAUAACAGUUCUUGAGGAAAGUGAGUAGAUUUGGUCUCCAGCUUUAGAUAUGUCUUUCUUUUCAGACAUUGGGAAUUUUACAGCAGAGAACUUAUGUUUGUAUUAUGGAAUCUUAGGUCAUGAAGCACAAAUGUUAGUUUUGUUGUAAAGAGAAUUAAGAUUUAAAUGACCAAACUGCUAUUGUUUAUUACAUAAUGCACUCACACUUUAACUUAGUUGUAAUGAAACAUCUUGGUUUGGAUCCCGUGUUGCAUUGCAGUCACUAGAAGUUCAUGCUUCCAUUGUUUUUUUCAAAUGUGCCAUCUGUAAAAUAACUUGAAAAACAGCACGAUAGACUUUCAGAAGCACAGUAUGAAACUAGUUUUAUGUAUUACACAAGAAAGCAUGAUUCUUUAAACUGCUUUGGUGGUUUUAUAAAAAUAUAUAAAACCAUAAUAAAAAAAAUCUUUGAAAGCUUCA